UCCGUUCCUUAUUCCAUCAUCCUCCCGUUUCCUCCUCUGUUUUCUUCUUGGCGUGUACUUUCUACUUUGAUGUAGACGAGGGUGGAAUCUCUCUGUUUCCUUGGACUUGGUUUACUUAUUUGGCGUUGCUGCACGCGGGGGUGUUGCCGCGAGGAUGGGGAGCUGUUCAGUGGUGGAGGUGGACGAUGAUGAGUAUGCCAAGCUCAUCAGGAGGAUGAACCCCCCAAGGGUUGUGAUAGAUAAUGAUGCUUGUGAUAACGCUACUGUCAUCAAAGUGGAUAGCAUAAAAAAGCAUGGGAUUCUACUAGAGGUAAUUCAAGUCCUCACUGAUCUGGACCUUAUAAUCACAAAGGCUUACAUUUCUUCAGAUGGAAGUUGGUUUAUGGAUGUAUUUAAUGUGACUGAUAGAAAUGGGAAUAAAGUACGAGACAAAGAGAUAAUCUCCUGCAUACAAAAUUCGCUCGGAUCAGAUGCUUUCUUCUUCCCUAGAAUUGGGAAUUCAGUGGAUAUUGUGCCCUCAAAGGAGCACACCUUCAUCGAAAUGACCGGCACCGACAGGCCCGGCUUGCUAUCGGAAAUAUGUGCCGUGCUAGCGAACCGAAACUGUAGCGUGGCCAAAGCUGAGCUAUGGACGCACAACACCAGAGUUGCAGCGGUGGUACACGUUACCGAGGAGUCCACCGGCGCAGCGGUCGAGGACCCUGAGCGGCUCUCCAUCAUCAAGGAGCUCCUCUGCAAUGUUCUUCGAGGCGAUAACGAUUCGAGGAUGGGUAGGAUGACGGUCUCCAAGGAUCGCACCCACACCGAGAGGAGGUUGCAUCAGAUGAUGUUCGGCGACCGGGACUACGAGAGCACGGUUGUGGGAGCCGGCGACGAUAAGCCCAGGCCUCAGGUUGCGGUGAUGGACUGCGCCGAGAAGGAUUACUCUGUGGUCAUUCUGAGGUCAAGAGACCGGCCGAAGCUUCUGUUCGACACCGUGUGCACGCUUACGGACAUGCAGUACGUCGUGUUUCAUGGCACGGUUGGCACGAGAGACGACGACGAAGCUUAUCAGGAAUACUACAUCAGACAUGUCGAUGGGUGCCCCAUAAACUCUGAGGCGGAGCGACAGCGUGUGAUCAAGUGCCUCGAGGCAGCCAUCGAGAGACGAACUACAGAGGGGUUGGAGCUGGUGCUGAGGACAGAAGACAGACCUGGUCUGCUUUCAGACGUGACGAGGGUUUUCCGAGAGAAUGGCUUGACGAUCAGAAGAGCAGAGAUUUCGACACAGGGAGGGAAAGCAUCGGAUACGUUCUACCUCUCGGAGAUGUCGGGCAAACCGGUGGAAGCCAAGACGAUCGAUUCGAUAUGUCGGCAGCUCGGGGAGAUGGUGGUGAGGGUGAAGCAGACUCCUCCUCUUCUCGCUCCGAAGCCUCCUGAGGUUGCCAGCUUCCUCUUCGGUAAUCUCCUCAAAGCUUCCUUGCAGAGCUUCAGGUUGGUCAGAUCCCACUCCUGAUCACCGCUCGUAGAAAGAUCUGACGACAGUAUACACAACACCCAGUCUGUAAAGAACAUGUACAAAUGUAGAUUUACUGAAGCUUAAUCUGUCCAUUGCUCUUACAAUUCA